UUGAGAGUAACAGUUGAGUGUGGCAAGUCAGAGGAACGCGAUGUGAACGAGCGCCUCUAAGUGCCAGCGCUUAUAACCUAUGUACAUGCAAACAAUAUGACGACCAGACAAGCUUCAAACCUUUUGCACAUCACCAUCAUCCUGAUCCUUUCAGUCACUAAAGCCCAAGAAAACAUCAAGGAAAUAAUAACCAAUACGGCGGGGCCAAAGCAGUUAAGGAGCCAAAAUUAUCCAGAGAACUACCCGCCAAAUCAGCACAGGGAGUGGAUAUUCAAUCAGACGUCAGGAAAAUGGGCUGUGACGAUUAAUGACUUCCAACUGGAAGACUCCCAACAGUGCCAGAACGACUACCUUCUGAUCAGACGUUCAAAUUCCAAAAGCGUAACCCCACUGAUGCUCUGUGGAAGCAAACCUUCUCACUCCUACGUGUCUGAGGGUCCAUAUCUCCAUAUUGAAUUCCACUCCGACACUGAGAAACAAGCGAAGGGAUUCUCCAUCCUAGUAGAGUAUUUGAUGACCGGAGAUGAUGCAAAACAAUUCAUGGGACAAAAAAUGAAAGGCAAAGAGGUCAAGUUGUUGACUCAUGUGGAAAACGAAGAGUUGUUCAUCGGUCUCCUGGGAGUGCUCUCUCUCGCUGCAGUCCUCUUCUUUUCCAUGCUGGGCUGCUUUGUCGUGGGGUUGAUGAAGAGACACCAUGAGAGCGCGAUGCAGAGAAACAUGGUUACAAUGUUGCAGGCCCAGAUGAGCAACCCUCCGUUAGAGAGACGUUACAGUCGUAAAGGUUCCGUCAAAGAGCAGAAGAGACCAGUCCUAAUGCAAAGCCUCUCCAACCAGAGCACCACUGCUCUUCUGAGUUACCAAUCCGCCGGCUAUCCACAGACUGGUGAUCACGUGUGAUUACCACGUGACAAUUUUAAUCCACGUCCGGGUUAACACGGACACAACUGCCUUGCAGAUUUUUAUUUUUUCUAGUACGUGCUCUUCGAACACGUGCUAUGGUAGAAAAUUGACAAUAGGAUGUUUUUGUCAGAAUUCUUGUGUUACGUUUUGUUUUUGGUGGUAAUACCAGGCGUUAAUGGGUGGUGAUCUAUUGAUGUUUACAUAAGUACAAUCGUACUAGUUUACAUCAUGAAUCAUUUCCUAGUCAAUAGUGAGUGUUCAAUAUCAUGUUUAUACAUCAUUAUUAUUCCCGGACUCUUUAUAAAAAAAACAAAAUAAAACAAAAACAACACAAAAAUAUCAAACAUAGAAAUUGUAGACAUUUGUCAAUUUUGUGUACAUGUAUUUGCACUGCCAUUUUAUAAACAUUCCGUAAGGGACCAUUUGAUGCACAUUUUAUAUCAAUCUUGUCUAAUUCUAUUUUUUGAUAAAUUUCUUCGGUGAUUUUCAUUUCAUAUUCACUUUACACACAUUUUGUUUCCUCACAUCAUUAAUUUUCAGUCAUUAAUCAAUGUUAAAUCAAUUUUUUGGUUUUGUUUUAGUAUUCCCAAUUCUAGUUUUUUUUCAGUACGGGACGAUUUGUUAUUGAUGUAACAAAAUCACAAACGGAGGAGUGUGUUGUUACAACAUUGGUUAAGGGAUGUGAUUUGCUGAAGGAAGCUUGUUGUAGAGAUAUAGCAGGUCUAUAUACGGGUUUUGUUUUGUUUUCAUUAUUUUGUACAUAUUACAUGUUAUUACAUGUUGUUUCAUUGUGUAGUUUCUGUUCCAUUUUGAUGUUACGACAUUUUGAUUAAAAUAAAUACUGCCAAAGUGUCCACAAAA